AUCUAGGUCAAACAAACCACUUAGCAACUUGUGGGAAAUGGAUUUUAAUACUGCGUUGGAAAAUACCGCCAAUUUUUUCUUUAAUCCUUAUCGUAUACACUAUGUUGUUGCAGUUAUAUGUGUCGUUUAUUUACUUGUGAAAGUAAGUGGACUGAUAUCUGAAAAACGUAAAUGGACUCAUGCUCUUGAACAUUUUCCAGGACCACCGACACACUGGCUUUUCGGGCAUGUUCAUGAGUUUCGUCAAGACGGAACCGACUUGUUCAGAGUUCUCAAAUUCGGUGAACAGUAUCCCUAUGCGUUCCCUAUGUGGUUCGGUCCUAUCGCUGCGUUUUUGAAUAUCCACCACCCAGCAUACGUGAAGACCAUUCUCUCUUCAACAGAGCCCAAGGAUGAUAUCGCAUAUAGAUUUCUGGUACCAUGGAUAGGGGAAGGACUGCUCGUAACAGAUGGACAGAAAUGGUUUCGUCACAGAAGACUUCUGACUCCGGGUUUCCAUUACGAUGUUUUAAAGCCCUAUGUGAAUCUAAUUGCAGAUUCAGUCAAAACAAUGCUGAGCAAAUGGGAAACUUACGCAAAAACAGAGCAAUCUUUUGAACUGUUUGAGCAUGUAAGCCUAAUGACCUUGGACAGCAUCAUGAAAUGUGCUUUCAGCUGCAACACUAACUGUCAGACAGAAGGUGGAACCAACUCAUACAUAAAGGCAGUGUAUGAACUCUGCAACCUGGUAAACUUAAGAUUCCGGGUCUUUCCGUAUCAUAGCAACAUUAUUUUUCAUCUCAGUCCUCAUGGGUACAGAUACAGGAAGGCCUGCAGGAUCGCACACAGUCAUACAGAGGAAGUUAUACGUAAAAGAAAAGAGGCCUUACAGAAUGAGAAGGAACUGGAUACGGUCCAGAAGAAGAGAAAUCUGGAUUUUCUGGACAUCCUUCUUUUUGCUAGAGAUGAACAGAAACAGGGGCUGUCGGAUGAGGCCGUCAGGGCAGAGGUGGACACGUUUAUGUUUGAGGGUCAUGACACUACAGCCAGUGGCAUCUCCUGGAUUCUCUACAGUCUAGCCUGUAACCCAGAACACCAGCAAAAAUGCAGAGAGGAGGUGUCGGAAGUUCUGGGAGGGAAAGACACUAUGGAAUGGGAAGACCUCAGUAAAAUUCCAUACACAACCAUGUGUAUUAAAGAAUCCCUGCGCCUUUAUCCGCCGGUUCCAGGAAUGUCACGGAAGAUAACCAAACCUAUGACCUUCUUUGACGGGAGGACAGUGCCUGCAGGUUGUCUUGUUGGGAUCAGUGUUUUUGGAAUUCACAGGAACGCUACUGUUUGGGAGAACCCUCAUGUUUUUGAUCCACUGCGUUUUCUGCCAGAAAAUACAGCCAAGAGAUCACCCCAUGCUUUUGUGCCUUUCUCUGCAGGACCACGAAACUGCAUUGGACAAAACUUUGCCAUGAAUGAGAUGAAAGUGGCGGUCGCACUGACUCUAAAGAAAUAUCGGCUUAUCAAGGACCCCGAUCAUACUCCAAAGAUGAUUCCACGACUAGUGCUCAGAUCUCUCAAUGGGAUUAACAUGAAGAUCAAAUUUGUUGAAGAGGAACUCUGUUAGUUAAGAUUUUUUUUUUGUACUGAUGGGGGUGUGAUGAUUAACACAUGUAGAAAUGAAACUGAUCAAAUUUAAUGGAUUAUGUGUAGUUUGUAAUUUGUGUUAAUAUAGGUUGUAGAUUCUAUUUGAUUGUGGCUCAGAAAAAAAGAGGGAAUUGUGACGCAUCCAUUUCAAAGAAACAUUUCGAAGUGACGUACUUCUGUGGUUGUCACAGCUGUAUCCACACAUUUCUUUUUUUUUGCUUAUGCUGCUGCGAACGCGAAAAAAAUUGCGUACGUGCUAAUUUGCACUGAGGGUUAAAAAUAUAUUUUCUUAGCAAUUUUUUUGUAAAUUCUGCUCAGAUGUAGCAAGAUCUGAAUAGGCCCAUCAGGGAAGAAGCAUAAAGAUAUCGACAUUAAUUUCAUUUACUGUCAGGACACUGCUUGGUUCAAAUGCCACUGUUGAAAAUAAAUGGAGGAAAUAGAA